GAUCCUGGAUUUCCGGAGAAUCCCUCCAGUGGCUGGUCGUUUGGUGAAUAUAACUAAAGAGAUUCGUGACAUCACAACUGACAAGAAACUGGCUAGAACCUUCUUCAUUUCCCCAGCCAGCAAUGUCUGCUUCUUCGGUGAGUGCUCCUACUACUGCUCCACGGAGCACGCCCUGUGUGGCAAACCGGACCAGCUCGAGGGCUCCAUGGCGGCCCUUCUGCCCAACAAGGAACUGGCCAAACGCCACUCCUGGCGCAGCCCCUGGAGACGCUCGUACCACAAGAGCAAGAAGGCGGAGUGGGAGCUGAAUCAGAAUUACUGUGCUCAGGUGAGAAAGACACCACCCUACGAUAGUGGCUCCCGCCUGCUCGACCUCAUAGACAUGACUGUGCUUGACUUCCUGAUGGGUAACAUGGACCGACACCACUAUGAGACCUUUGAGAAGUUUGGUAAUGACACCUUCCUGCUUCACCUGGACAACGGCCGAGGAUUUGGGAGACAUUCUCAUGAUGAAAUGUCCAUCCUGGCCCCUCUCCAGCAGUGCUGCAGUAUCAAGAAGUCGACAUUCUUGCGCUUGCAGCUGCUUGCCACGGAGCCGUACCGCCUCAGUGACGUCAUGCGGGAGGCGCUGGCCUCAGACCGCCUCUCGCCAGUCCUAUCAGAGCCUCACCUGGAAGCUCUGGACCGGCGGCUCCAGCGAGUACUGGACAUGGUGCGGGUGUGCAUGGCAAAGGGAGGCCAGAAGGAGGUGCUGGUGGAUGACAUGGGAAAGCUGAAACAAGGGAUAUGGCAGCACCAAGAGACAAGGAGCAAAAAAGCGUGA